AGCUACAACGACAUUGAAUCAUUCCUUCCUGACAAGUACAACACCGAACGAAUCGACAUCAUGGAAGACGACGAUGAAGCCCCGCCCAUGCUCGUGAACGCCGAUGGCACUACAGCAGCAGACCAAGCCCUCAGCGCCGAGCUCGACGACGUGAAAAUUGCCAAAGUACCCAUCACCAUCAUCACAGGUUACCUAGGCGCCGGCAAAACAACCCUCCUCAACUACAUCCUCACAGCAAGACACUCCCACAAAAUCGCCGUAAUAUUAAACGAAUUCGGCAACACAUCCGACCUCGAAACCAAACCCCUCACCAUUAACGAGGGAGACACCCAAGUCUCCGAAUGGCUGGACCUCGCCAACGGCUGCAUUUGCUGCUCCGUCAAAGACUCCGGCGUAAACGCCAUCGAAUCCCUCAUGGAUCGCCGCGGAACGUUCGAUUAUAUAUUACUAGAAACUACGGGCUUAGCGGAUCCGGGAAAUAUUGCACCGCUGUUUUGGGUGGAUGAGGGGUUGGGGAGUUCGAUUUAUUUGGAUGGGAUUGUGACGUUGGUGGAUGCGAAGAAUUGUUUGAGGGAGUUGGACGCGCCGGAGGGGGAGGAGGUUGUUCGGCCUGAUGAGCAUGACGAGGAUGGUCAUGCUAAGGGCCCGGUGCUUUCGACUGCGCAUUUACAGAUUUCUCACGCGGAUGUUGUGGUGGUGAAUAAAGCUGAUUUGGUGACUGCGGAGGAAUUACAAGCUGUGCAAGAUCGAGUGAGGUCGAUUAAUUCGCUGGCGAAAAUGCAUGUGACGGAUCAUAGUCAAGUGCCACAAUUGGAGGGUUUGGUGUUGGAUUUGCAUGCUUAUGAUGAUGUUUCUGCAGAGAAUUUGGAGUUUGUGACGAAGGGGCAUAGUCAUUUGGAUCCUGCUAUUGGAACAUUAUCGUUGAACGUUCCUGUAUUGGACGAUCAAGGUCUAAAAGCGCUGGAUUCGUGGUUGCAAUCUGUGCUCUGGGAAUCGCGAUUGCCCGAGACCAAGGAUGCGGAUGAGGAAGUCUCGAAAACUAGCUGGGAAAUCCAUCGCAGCAAGGGACGAAUACCGCUCUCGAAUGGGACAAUCAAAUUGCUACAAGGAGUUCGGGAGAUAUUCGAUCUGAUAGAUGGUCCUGUCGACACUGCCAGUACUGCCGAUCAAUCCGGAAGGCUAGUUUUCAUUGGUCGCAAUAUCGGUGGCGAUCAAUGGCAGGCCUCAUUUCAGAGAAGCCUGUCAGCGCAUAUGAGGCGGAGAUGACCGUUCAAUAUGACUUGAGCUAGUCUUGGUCCACGAAGCUAGGCUCCGCACAUAGCGCUCCUAUCAACGACAGUCCCAGGUGCUGGCCAGCGCCUGUUGUUGCCAUGAUCCAGGAGAAGUGGUAUGAGCUGUCGACUUACGUGCAAAGUUGCUGCACUCCCUUCACGUCACGCUCUCGUCUCGAUGGAACAUGCACAUCAUCCCAUGGUCACCCACAGUCACCAUCCAGGUCCCAUUAGGACUGA